GAAGAAUCCGGAAGCGAAAUUACUCAUCGGAAAUAAAAUGGCCUUGUUUUGAAUUUGCGAUCUUUUGAUUAACGGAGGUAAUUAUGAAGAGACUAAUAGUCCUGUUAUGUUUCUUUAAAUGUGUCGUUGCAAACGAUCCAGACGUCACAAUAGAUGAAACCAGUCCAGCUACAAAAUUUACACCUUUUGAGAAAAUAAUGACGGUGACGAAAAACAGCGACGCUUAUCUUACCUGUAAAGUAGAAAAUAAACCUCCAGACAAAGAUGUCGAGUGGGUGGGUAUACCGAUGCAACCUGGGGCACCCCUGAUUUCUAUUUCUACCGGUCCAGAUUCCAAAGAUCCCUUCAAAUACCAAAUAGAUGUCCCCUCUUCCUUGCAGUGGAGAUUGAAAAUCCAGAACGUGCAAGUGUCUGAUGAAAUGAAGUACUACUGUCAGGUUUCAAUUGGCGUUCAAAAGUAUGCUAAAGAUGUAAGGACUUUAAGAGUUGUGACAGCACCACAAAUCGCCGACCUUGAAACCGACAGUGAUAUGACUGUUAAAGUUGGAGAUCCUGUAUCCUUGAAAUGCAAUGCAACUGGUAGACCCUUUCCAAUUGUUAGAUGGGAGAAGCUUGCAGGAGGACUUUUGCCAACUGGAGGACGAGAGCAUCGAGAUUAUGUUCUUGAUCUUGGUAAAGCCAAACCAGAACACCGUGGAUCAUAUAAAUGUACAGCCCAAAAUGAAAAAGGAAAAGCUUCUCGAAUUGUGUCAGUGGUGGUCCAAUUCAAACCAAUUGCAAGGGCAGUGGAAAAUCCAGUACAGCAGAUGGUUGGAUACAGAAAAGACUUGAUGUGUGAAUUUGAAGGUUAUCCUAUUCCUACUAAAGAACAGGUUAGAUGGUCCAAGAAUGGGAAUGCCAUUGCUGAAGGUGGAAAUUAUGAAACAUCCUAUAUUGAAGGAGCUUCUGACAAAGUUCGAAUCAAACUAACAAUAAAAAGAGUAAGCAAUGCUGAUUUCGGUUAUUACCAGUGUGGUGGAUCAAAUUCAGAAGGAAGUGGAAGUACUCAGAUAGAGCUUCAGUCAUCUACUGUUCCAACUCCAGACUCUACUGGCCAAAUAAACAGUGCUGGAAUGCUAACUGUCAGCAUGAUUACUAUCAUGAUGUUACUCUCAGUGUGUCUUUUGCAUAAAUUUUAGAAAUGUAUGAAAAAAACCUGAAUGUUAUUCUGGAUUAUGCAAUUUAUGUACAGAAGUUAUUUAAUAUCAUAUAGCAAUUGGGCUUGAUCAAAUAUAAUAUGUUUGUCAAAAACUUCAAUUUUCAUGUCUGACAUCAUAAAUUUUACAUACACUUCUGACAUGUUUGUGCCAUUUCGUACUGUUAUAACCAAAAACACAGGUAUAUGUUUGAAAUUUGAUAUUUUUAGGGUUGUGAAAAUUUGUACAUGGUUGUGAUUUUUCAGACCUAUAAACUUUACUUGAUUGACUGAUAGUAUCUUGAUUUCUUAAAAUUCAGGACUGAGGCAUUUCAUUUCUAUAUUAGUAAAGCUGAAAUAAGAUUUAGCAGCAUUGCUAUGUGACUGUUGAUAUAGAUUGAAUUUAUUAUAUGGAAUACUAGUAAACAAAUGUUUUAUUUCAUGUUCACUCAGAAGCUUUUUUUUUUGUUGUUGCAAUUUUCAUAUCAGAAUUUUUUACUUUGGUAAAUGUAAGUUCUCUUCAAAUGUAUGAUUGAGUGAAUAUAUUCAUAGCAUUUCUCAUCAGAUGUUUAACACAUUACUGUUGUUUAUUAAUAUUUGGUAGGUCAGUUUUGAAUAUUUGUUAUAAUUCUAUUUCAGCUCCACUUUGCUAAGAUCAUUGUAAAUUGAUAGAGAUUUGAAAUUGAAAAAGAAUUGUACCAGUGUACUUACUACUAAUUAAAAUUUAAGAAACAUGUAAUUGGCAUUGCAGUAAGCCAGGCAUUUAAAAAAUAGUCCGAAUUUUGUCUUGGGGCAUGUAGGGGAAGAACAAAGUAUUUUACCAUAUCUAGCUAGAAUGUAGUGAAUUAGUACUAAUUGUGAUUGGUCAUUUAGUGUCAUUUGAAGAAUGUGUAUACCAUACAGUCACCACUACCUCUACACCGAUUAUGCACUCUUUUCUUCACCCCAGUCAGUGGCUGUCAUAGAUUAUGUUCUGAUGCAAAAAGGUGAAUGCCUUAUUACAAUACUGUCUACACUUUCUAAACUAAUUGUGAUAAAUUUUUGGUCUAUCUAAUGUCUUUUUUUCAUCUAUGUUUUAGCUUCAUGAAUAUAUUGAUUAUCAUUUUGGAAACGUUUUACAUAAUCAUCUAGUGACAGGUUACUAAGUUUUAACUGGUUAGUUGGAUUCAUGUCCAUCUUGACUUUAACUUACAAACCACUUAUAACAAUUAUAACCCUAUAAUUGGUCUCUAAACAAUAUGUAACUAUUAAGGCAGUAUGUGUUGUUAAUACCCAUGAUUUAUACAUUCCAAAGAUGCAUUGUAACAGGAGGUGGGUAUAAGUUUUUGUUUCAAACUCAUUCUACAAAACAACAUUUUUAAAACAAAUGAUUAUUAAGGCAACAAUGAAGCUGUUUGUGUUUUGAAAACAUGGUAAAUCAGAGGGAGUAGUUACGUGAUACAUUUAUAUGUAUCUUACUUUGUUGAGCUGGUCAAAGCAUAUAAAUUUCUCGUCAGUUGUAAUAGCUUUUUGUAAUGUCAUCCAUUUCAAAAAUUAAUUUUACAGGUGUAUUGAUUUAUAUAAAUUGUGUCCUAAUUUUAUAUAUAACUCCUCAUGAGCACAUAAUUUGAAGACAGUUACAUUUUUCAUUGUAUAUAAUCAAUAUUUCAUAUAGUUUUAGGUUGAUAAUCUGUAACAUACCUAUUCCAUAUAUGGGAGGAUAUUUUUAUACAGGAUGCUGUUUUGUCCAUUUAUAUUAAUACACAUUCCUUUUAUGUACAUGUGUAUAAUUUGUACAUGGAUUUACUUGUAUUUACAUCAUGAUUUUUUUUAAAUAAACCUUUUACUUUAUAUAAUGAAAUAAAUAUAUAAAUAGAUUCAUGA